AUGGCAGUGCCCUGGGAGGAAUAUUUCCGACUGGCCUUGCAAGAGAAACUGCCUGCCUCCUCCAGGAAGAUCCCGGAGCAAAGUGUGGACCACUUCCCGCCAGUGCUGCGUCUCCUGGAGAAGAGGCAGGAGCUGGCAGACGCGGACCGAGGGCUGCGGGCCCAGAAGGAGGUGUUCCAGACCACGAGAGCAGCGCUGAAAGGGCGCUGGGAACAGUUGGAACAGAAGGAGCAGGAGCUAAAGGGGUCCUUUGUCCGCUUUGACAAGUUCCUGCAGGACACCGAGGCCCGGCGCAACCGCGCCCUGCGGAGGGCGGCCCAGGAGCGGCUCCAGGCGGACCGCCGGGAGGCGGAGGCCCUACGGCUUCGGGCCCAGUUCAAGGAGCUGCAGCGGGAGCGCGCGCGGCUGCGGUGCCGGCUGGAGCGCCUGGAGCCCUGCGCGCGCCUGCUGGGGCGAGUGCUGGAGCAGCUGCCGGAGUUCCAAGAGGUCCCCGAGCUGGUGGCGCGCUUCGACGGCCUGGUCGAUAUGCAGGCGGCGCUGAGGCUCACGGAGCGCCAGCGGCUGGCCGAGCUGGAGGAGGCGCGCGCUCAGCUGCAGCGGCUGCGGGACGCGGGGCAGAGCGAGCUGCUCGGGCAGGGCCAGCAGCGAGUGCAGCUGCUGGAGCGCCUGGAGGCCGCGAGGGAGCGCACGCUGCGCUGGGAAUCCAAGUGGAUUCAGAUCCAGAACACGGGGGCGGAGAAGACCCUUCUCCUGGGACGCGCUAGGAUAGCAGCGCUCAACCUGUUCCAGCUAGUGUGCCGGCACAAGACGCACCCGCCUGCCCUGGACAUCGAGGACACUGAGGGGCAGCUGGAGCAGGUGAGCUCCCUCCUUACGUGCCCUCCAACCCCCAGAUUCAGAGCUUCACAGUGCCUGAAGUCUCCGGGUUCAGUAUGA